AUGUCGACGCCCUCCAGCGACGGCCGCCGCUCGCUCUCGUCGGGGCCGUCGGGCUCGUCGCACACGCUGCACUCGACGCCGCCGGGCCCGCGCAUCGCCGACCGCAGUCCCCACAGCGCCUCGCAGGGCGCGGGCAGCAGCCCCCUGGGCCCCGAGGCCAUUGACGAGCACGACUUUGCCCACCGCCGCCACCGCGCCCGCGCGGGGGGUGGGUUUCUGCUGGAGUCGGCCUUGCCCCGCGCCCCGCGCCGCCGUGCCUCUGAUGCGAAGGGGAAGAGCCGCGCGCGGCCCAGCGACGCCGACGAGCAGCCCGCCCGCAGACGGAGAGCCUCGCCGGGCCACGACACCCAGGAGAGGGCGCGUCUGCGCGUGCCCAAGCCCAGAGAGGCGCCCGCCCCGCCCGCCGUCGACCCCAACCAGCUCGUGCACAUGGCCCUGAACCUCAGCGAGAGCCGCCGCCGCAACAUCAGCGCCUCGCAGCUGCUGCGCUCGCCGUCGCGCGUGGCCUCGGCCGCCCAGCGCGACGGCAGCUUCUCCAACGCCGGCGUGGGCAGCAGCCUGCGCCAGUACCUCAACGAGCAGCGCAGAGUGUCGCGCAACAUGUCGCCCCUGGGCACCAGCGCCUCGCCGCGCCGCCACAUGUCCGCCAGCAUGCAGUCGGGCGGCUCCAUGGCCGCCAUGCCCUGGAGCCCCUCGCCGGCGACGCUGCUGCGCCGCGACAAGGCGCGCGCGUACAUUGAGCUGCGCGCGGCAUACAUGCGCCUGCUGGACAUUCUGCCGCCGCUGAAGGCCGACGCGAACGCCCCGGGCAACUUCAUCUACUCGUACUCGGCCGUGCCCGGCAGCCCGCACGCCCACCUCACCCGCACGCCGUCGUACGCCAACAAGAAGAACGAGCUCGGCCGCCCGUACAACCCGCUCCAGGCCCUGCGCAACCGCCGCAGCCGCGCCCGUGAGCGCCUCGCCCUGCCGCAGGAGCCCGUCGAGUUUUCGCAGUGCGAGCAGGUUCUUGAAUGGGUCGAGCAGAUCGAGGAGCAGGCCCGCACGCCCGGCUACCGUCUGGAGGACCGCGUCUCGCUGCCCAGACUGCACCACGACCUCGACAUGCAAGAUGUGCAGACCAAGCCAACCAAGACGCAGCAGGGCUGGAGCUUCACCCCCGAGGAGCUGCUUGCCGACGCCUACUGGCUCGAGCAGGGGGACAACAAGGCCGUGAUUGAGGACCGCAACGGCCGCAAGAUCUUCCCGCCGCGCGAGCCCCCGAAGCAGAAGAGCGACUUCCUCCAGCCGCGGUCCAGCAAGGAGUACUCUGACAAGCGGAGGCGGAGCUGGGUCGACGGCACGCCCGGCACCGACCCUACCACGGGCGACGAGAGCGAGCAAGGCAGUGAGCGCGGUCGCAAGAGGAGGCUGCUCCCACACAUCCGCGCCGAGUCGCGGCUGCGCAAAGGGAGGGGCAGUCCGCGCAAGCACUCGAUCGGCCACAGCGACUCGUCCGACACCGACGACGACGCGCGCAAGGUCCGCAAGUCUUUCGAUGUCGAGAAUACCGGCCCGCUCGCACUGCAGAUGAAGCGGCAGCUGGAGCUGCAGACAAGGGGGAUUAAUAACGCGUCCCCGGCCUUCACCCCGGAUACGCCUGAUAAGUGGGGCAGAUUAAUGGACGAUAUCCCCGACGGGAAGAUCUCGCGCAACUCUUUGGAGGUGCCGCGUUUCGCGAAUGGUGUUGCACGACCGGACGAGAAUGCCACGCUCAAGAUGCCGCCACGCACCCGCACCAACCCCCUGUCUCCGAUCAAGUCGGCCGAGCCGCGCUCCUCUUAUGAAGAUGACAGUACUGCGCCCAGCACACCGCCGCACGUACGGCAGUUGUUGCAUACUUGGAGCGAUCUGUCGCCGCCGCCCAGCAGAGCAGGCUCUGACUUUGGCAAGUCCAAGCGGAGCAAGCUGAAUCCCUUCCACUCCACCCACGACUUGGACCAUGAUCUGAAGCAAGAAGCACGGUCGAGCCUGGACAAGAAGCAGCACUCGCGCCAGCCCAGCGAGGACGAGCCGAGCGGGAUCGGGAACGCCAUCUUUGCUGCACCAGGCGCCGUCAAGAAUCUGCUCGGCCACCGCAAGAACGAUAGCGUCAGUAGCUUGCCGAGCCCCGAGAAGUCGCGUCGCAAAGAGACGCAGGACCCGAAGGACGGCCAUUCGGCGGUCACGAGGUUCUUCAAGGGCGUCAAGCACGAGGGUACCAAGGUGGGCGACAUCAUCUUCAGGAGGGACAGGGCAGACGACACAGAUGCGAGUACCAUAUCCGACCGCAACUCGUUGGAGCUGGACGACGAUUCACGCAACAAGCCUACGCUUUCGAGAACAGUCACGUCGACCACCGCGGGCAGUGUUACUUCAGAGGAUGACGGGCGAAAUCAGUUCAAGCUUCCAUCCUUCCGUCCUAUUCACGAAACACUGAACGACGACGACGAUGUGUCAGACUCCGAACACCACAUCUCGCGCCAGGCUCGCGAACGACGCGACGAUCGAUCAGCGCGCAUCGACCGACUGCUGCCGCCGCGUAUGGACCUGCAGCGCGUCUCGUCGGCCUCGUCAACAGCCACGCUGGCCCCGGCGCAAACAAACGAAGACCGCAUCAGCCAGCAGCUCGCGCGCUCCGGCGGCGUCUUCGCCAGCGCGCUCCCGCCAACGGGCCUCAAAGACCGCAGCGCCUCCCGCCCCACGCUCGAAGGCAAACGCCACUGGAGCAUCGCCGACUCGGACGACGAACACGCCCUCCCGCGCCGCCCCCACAGCACCGUGACCGCCGCCGACAUCGCCCGCGUGCGCGCCCUCUUCCUGUGCUCCGGCGUCAAGGCCAAGGAAAUCGCCCGCCGCGCCCACGCCCCCAACCCCCACACCCCCGCCUUCCUCGUCCGCGCCGCCCACACCGCAAAACAGUCCCUCUUCCCCGUGCCCCGCAAGGAGGAACACGUCCUCGCCGCCCGCAUCCUAGUCCACGACCUCGAGCACUCCGCGACCGCACUGCACACCGCGUGCGCCGCGUUCCGCGCCGGCGCCGCCGCCGACACGCGCGCCCGCAUCGAAGCGCUGCGCGACGAUCUCGACACAGACGUGCUCCCGCGCAUCUUCGAGGCCGGCGACGCCGCCGUGCGCACCACCACGCAGGCGUCCGGGCCCGGCGCGCUGCUCGUCAAGCAGCUCGCGGACGAGGUCGAGCGCAUGCUGCGCCAGCGGCGGCGCCACUCGCGCUGGGUCAUGAGCUGGGCGUGGUCGCUGGUCGAGUGGGCGAUUGUGGUCGCGCUCAGGGUCGCGUCGGUCGUGUUUGCCGUGUAUGGGCUGCUGAAGAGCGGGGUGGGUGUUGUGUGGGCGGUUGUAAGGUGGCUGCUGUGGCUGUAGAAUGGCUGGGUCGGGGUUUGAUUGUGGACUUUUCCUGAUCAGUGAACUGGGUGUUUGGUGGUGUUUGGUCGGCGUUAUGCCAAACUCUAUGGAUUUCUCCGUCUUUGCUUUGUAUUGUACAUACUCCAUCCAGCGUUCCCAGCAUUUCGGCGGCGUUUAGCACGGAUACCCCUCAUCAGCGGGCUCAUUUCAGCGUCCUAUAUAAUAAAUCCUAAUAGCCCCCCCCCCACCGCGGUGGCUGCCUCCCCA